AACCCAAGAGACUGCUUGGUAUUGUAGCAGCAAUGGCGAGGUCUCUUAGUCACGAGGAGAUGGGCAGCGUGAAGAAGGGGCCAUGGACACCGGAGGAGGACAGGAAGCUCAUUGAUUACGUGCAGAAGCAUGGGCGGGGGCGCUGGCAUCGCAUCCCCAAGCUGGCCGGCCUGAACCGCUGCGGCAAGAGCUGCAGGCUCCGGUGGACCAAUUACCUCCGACCUGAUAUCAAGAGAGGCAAGUUCACCGAGGAAGAGGAGCAGCUCAUCGUCCACCUCCACUCCCUUCUCGGAAACAAGUGGUCGUCGAUCGCGACGAAGUUACCUGGAAGGACGGACAACGAGAUCAAGAACUACUGGAACACGCACCUGAGGAAGAAGCUCAUGCGAAUGGGGAUCGAUCCGGUGACCCAUAGGCCGACAACGGAUCUCAGCCUGCUGACGAGCCUCUCGAGUUUGCUCUCCGCUGGUAAUCUUGGCUAUACGACGAGCCACUUGGAAACCGCUCUCAAGCUACAGGCAGAAGCUGCACUCCUGGUGCAGAGCCUGAUUCAAGCCCUGACAAGCAGCUCCACUUCAAACAUGGACCUGAUGAACCUCUUCGGAUCACCUUCUCACACAAACUACAAAGCCGGUGACGGCUGCCUCGGCGGCUCAUUCAACCUUCAGAAUUCAGCUUCGGUGAUCCCUUACUGGAACAAGGACUCACAACCUGUUCCGGACUCCAGCUUCUGUAUGGAUGAAGGAGGGGUUACAGUUUGGAGUGCUUCGAGAACAGAAGAGCGUCAGAGCGCCAGUUCAUCGCCAGCUUCAAAUUCUACUCCGCUCUUCGCUUCAGCCUCUUCCGAGGCAGAGAAUGUUGACCUGCUCAAGCUAAGUGAUAGUACAUACGCGAAUUCGUUGUCCUUCACACCAUUUGAGGCUUGGGAAAACCUAAACUUGGAUAGCCUCAUCAGUGAUCUUGGCUGGAAAGAAAUACAAGACCAAAUGCCAUGGCCUAAUGCAUAAACUUCAACUUGUUUGAUAGGUUUUGAGGUAUCAUUUUUUGAUGUAAAGCCUUGCUAUACAUAAGCACAGUUUUCUCUUCCCACUCAAAAUGUAUAGAAGACUAGAGAUGCUAUACAUGAUCUUCUUUUAACAAUUCUCUGGUUUGGUGGAGCUGAAAGGAGAAAGUAGGAUUGUGCAGCUGAAAGCUUGGGACAUUUGAUGAACUCGAUAAUAGUUGGUUGGGUUGGAGAUUGCUAAUUUAUUGAGAAGAUAGAUUUGAAGGUUUGACCUUGAUUAAAGAGACAAGUCAUCCAGAGCACCAAAGAGACAAGCAUUAGAGUUACAGAGCUCCAAAAUAUUUGGAUUAAUGUUUUAGAUCACCAGAUAGUCUUAAACUGAAAUCUCAGAGAUCAAGGAACAAAAUGAGGUGCCUUUUCUUAUCCAGAAGUCUGUGGGAAUUGUUCAGUGACCAUAUGAUUCAUUAUAUUAUAUUCGAAUAUAAAAAAAAUCAAAUAUGCAGCCAUAUUAAAAAUUUAAAAUCUGAUCAUUUGAUAUAUCAAAGCAAAUCUGAGUUUUACCUCUUUCCAUGAAAGAAAAGUUGCUAUGGGGAAUCUUUAGAGCAUCACAACAAACAGAAAGAACGGUUGAAGUGGCUGGCAGCAGAAGUCAAAGAAGGGCCAAAAAAGGACUCAUCAUAUUGACCAUCUCACAGCUACAAACUUCCACAAAGCCAAUAGUAGGAAGCUUCGUCAAAUCUGAUGGUGUGGUAAUGUCUUCGGUAGAUUCUAAUGCUGACAUUGUUUCCGGCCACAAACUCCAUGGGAGAACAGAAGAUGCA